CGUUGUAGAUGUCUAUGGGCUCCAGUAACCACUUAACACCAGAUGGGCUGUGAGCUCGUCCACCCAUCUAAGCAAUAAAAAAAAACUGAAGCUAUAAUUUGCCAUUUAAGUAAAUUAAAUAAGUAUAUUAGCACGUAUGGGUUGAUUUAAAUUUCACCCAUAACAAGCUCAUAAAAUAUCACAAUUAUUUUAUUUUAUUUUACAGAUCAAAACAAGAAAGGCUUCAAGGCUCUAUGUUCGAUUCAUAGGCUAUACACAUUUUUUUCAUUCGAUUGACGUGACAUCACAGACCAACAAAAUUUCUGAUUCAUAUUACGGAACAUUUAUUUAUUUAUUCUCAAACUAGUGCUUAUAUUUUUUCAACAUUACAAUAUAUAAAAUGGCUGAUCCUAAAUAUGAAAAUCUACCCGGCAUUGCCUAUGACCAACGCGAUGUUUAUGAAACUGAUGAUCUUCCGGAAGCCGAUCAGCCGGAGCCUUAUGAGGAGGAGGAGAACGAGUGUAUCGAACAAUUGCACUUAUCGGUCAAGGAUUCUUUCAAUAAAUUCAAAGGGAAGUUCCUUACUGGCCCUGUAGAUUUUUCAGAUAAAUUGAGCAGAAAAUCUCGAAUUGGUUACAGAGUUGGUGAAUGGGAGCUAGCAGCUGAAGGUGACCCGGAGACUCCACUACAAAGAUACAAUAGACUUAGAUGUGAGUUUUCUGAACUCCUCGAAGAUGUCACUGACCAACAAAACAAAGCUGGCGAUAGUGAAAAGGAAGAGUUCUCCAAGUUGGCCGUACAAAUCAACACAACGAAGAAACUUCUGGAAGAAUUGAAACUUGAAGAAGGAGAACAAAUUGACCCUAAGGCCGAGAAACUAAAGGAGUACCUGUCGUCGAACGGCAGGAAGAAGCAGGGUGAGCUGAUCACGGCGCAGCUGAAGUUGAAGCCUGAAAUAAGCCUCGCGCAGACCACAAGGGUUGCUCAACUCGAGCACAGAUUACACAAAUUAGAGCAGGCUGCCGGCGUGAGGGAUGAGGAGGCGUUCCGACGACUCCAAGCUGCCACUGGACAGGCGACGCUGGCGGGCGCAGCGUGUCGUCUGGCGGCGCAGGCGGGCGCGCUGCGGGCGGGCGAGGUGGCGGCGGCGGACGCGCGGGUGGGUGCGCUGCUGGCCAACGUGCACGCGCUCCGGGCCGCACUCACGCCCGCCGACCCGCAACUCGAUGAGAAGGUUAACGAAUUGUACAAAUUGGUGAAGCAAAUUGAAGGCAUUUCACAUUCGGAAAUAAUUGAAAGGAUGGAAGCGCUAGAGGCUCUGCAUCAUCAAGCCAGUAACUUCGGGAAGUCGCUGACUGAGCUCGAGUCGCUGCAGAGCAGCAUCGCGGGCGGCGUCCACAAGAACCGGGAGCUCCUGCAGAGCGUCCAAGAAGUGUUCGCGCUGAACGUGAACAGCCUCAACAAGGAGAUACGGAAACUGGACGAGAGGAUCUCGAAAUUGGCGCAGGCUUCGUAACGAGACGGAGUUUUGUAAAUACCUUCUUACUUCACGCGAUAAUUACUGUGGACGCUGGAACCCUGCAACCACGCUCGCUUUGUUUCAACGCUGGAGCUAUUGCGGCUUGGCGUGCUACUGAACUCGACAACGAUCUGAAAUCAAGUCCUGAAGAUGAAGAGUCUGACGAGCUGAUCAGCAUUGACCCUCGUCUUGGAGUUUACGGUGACCGACCUUUAUAAAACUAAAAUGUACCGCAUUUAAAUUUACGCCUAGGGUAAAAUGAUUAAUUUUGCAAUCUUGUUGUACUGGAUAACGUUAGAUUAAUAUGAAACAAUGGCAAGCUAAGUUAUGGAAUGUUUUGAAUAUUUUUUUGUGUUUAAAAAGGCAGAAUUAUGUUUUGUAAGAAAAAUAAAAUCAGUAUCAGUGUUGAAUUUUAAGUUUAAACUGUGCUUCUAUGUGAGUGCUUGAUCUUGAUUAGUAGAAGCUGGAUUUUGGUCAACAAAAUCAGUGUUUGUUAGUAAUAGAAUGUUUAAUUGUGUUAUUAAAUAUAAAUAAAAAUAAGUUACGUAGAAAUUGCAAGUCACAUUCCGAAAUCGCUGUGUCGGUCCCGUUUUGUUGGUUCGAGUCCUGGUUUAACUAACUAUUGUAUUAUUAUUGUAUACAUUUAUUUAAAGAUAAAACGUAGUUUUUGUUUCGUGUGUAUAACCUAACAACACGAGACAUCUUACCUCUUAAAAUCCAAUUCUUGCAGUACUUUUUUCAUAUCACAUGUUUCUUACUUAAAUUGUUUUCUUGUACUUAAAUUAUAUUCAGAACGAAAAAAUGCGACCCUAGGCAAAGAAUGGGUUUUAUAAAUGCUCAAAUUUCAGCUGAUGGCUUAAUGACGACAAAGAUAUUGCGAGCUACUAAAAAAGUUUCAAAUAGGUUAUAAAUGUUGUUAAUAACUUCAGUUUAAGGAGUAUGCACAUUGAUGGUGCAGACCCUUGUAUCUCCAGUAUUUAUUAUAUCAGAAUACCAAAAUAUUCAAUAAACACACACUGUAUGUUGUACCCUUAGCACUUUUAUGCACAUUUUAAACAAUUCUCAGAAAUGCUGGUCAAAUGAUAUUUUAUUGUUUAAUUAUAUGAACUAGUGCCAGAUUCGAGAUGUAUUAUUACAUGUUUGAUGAAACCUAUAUCACUUAACAAUGAUUAUAUUUGUAUUUUAUAGACAGCUUAAAAGAUUUAUUUAUUAAAUUAAAUUGAUUAUGAAGCAAA